AUGACUGAAACAUCAAAUAGAAUAUCCGUACAGUCAGGGUUCUCAGAAUUUUCAUUUGAGCAUAAUGAUGAUGCAUUACUGAACUCAACUCCACGAUCACAAGACGUUCUAAGAUCUCCAUCAAAAUCACCAGUUAGGCUUGAAGGAUUGGUAAAGGAAAACAGGGAACUGAAGGCAAAAGUUUCAGAACAAACACAAAUCAUUAAUCAUUUGAAAAAUGAAGUUUAUGAACUUCAACAGGCUUUGAAGAAUAAAAACAGUUCUGGGGAUGGAAUAGAAAAUCGAAAAGAAGAAGUUAAAGAAGUCGAUGAAGGUGCCAAUACUAAGCUAACAGAGUUAUCACCUCCACCAAGAUCUGCAAAUAGAGCAAAACCAAGCCCAUUGAAAAGUACGUUUGACACUGGGAACACAACACUUACACAGGCACAAGAUGAUAGUACGUUGAAUGAUGAUGAUAAAUAUAAAGAUAAUUCACAUUUGAAGGUUGAAUCUGACGUUUUGAAAACACCAAUUGAAGUCUCAAGGGAAAGCUCAGCUUACUCUGCCACACCCGAACCAAGAUCUGAAUCGCCAAAGAAGAAUUUGCUGACUACCAAUCAAUCGUCUCCAUACAAAGGUAGAAUACAGAACUCCACAUCACCAUUAAAAAGUGUAUCAUCUUUAUCUCAUUUAACUCCAUCAAUAUCUGAAACAUCACAAACACAAUCUUCACCUGUCACAACCUCAAGAUCAAUAAGUGACAGCAGAAAAAUUGGAAACUCCUCUCAGACCAGCUUAGCUUUUCAGCCUGUACAACAAUCUCAAGGAAGCCCAAUGGCUAGUGGAGUCACCAUUGUUUCUACUGCAUCACCAUACGCUGCAACUUCAUUGAACAGCAGUGCUCCUUCAUCUCCAUUAGACAACAAGUUCAACGCGCAAUUACCAAAGUCCAACCUUUACGACCCAUAUGAAGGUGACUUCCAACAUCAACAGAUUUAUCAAAACCACAAUGGGCUUGGUGGAAGUUAUAAUGGUCAAGGUGUCAGUCAAGUUGGAACACCUGAACAAAACGUCAAGCAUCAAAGAUUUCCAUCUGAUGUACCAUUGUUUGUGAGCCCAACUGAACUAUCUACCAUUAGAACUGAUGUCAUCAGUACAAUAUGUGGUAACUUAUCAAAGAAAUCUGAUGAUCCUCAUGUUGUAAUUGCUGCAUGUGAUCGUCAAACUGGUGUUGAAAUGUGGAGAUUCAAGAAGACGUUAUCAAGUAUAGUUAUGCUGGACACUCAGAUAAGGCCUCUAAUCAAUUCAUUUUCAUUACCGCCAGUCCCUGAAAAGGCAUUAUUUUUAUCAAAUAUCCCUGUUAAAGUCGAUCUCAGAAGACUUAGACUAAGAGAUUACUUUUCCACAUUGUUCACCAUACCUCACUUGCCAUUAGAUGCUGCUUACAAAAUAUCAAGAUUCAUGUCCCAAGAUGUGGUUAACUUAGUUGAUGAGUCCAAUACAGAGGUUUUAAAAGAUGGUUACCUCUUGCGUCGCUCCAAAGGUUUGGGAAAUAACUGGAAGGCAAGAUAUUGCCAAGUUGAUGGACCAUUUUUGAAUGUUUUUGAUGCUAGGGAUGGCCCAUUAUUGGAAAUUAUCAAGUUAAGUGGGUCUCAAAUAGGUAGACAACCUGAUAACGUCAAACCGACAGAUGAUAAAACAUCUUAUAGACAUGCAUUUGCUGUUAUGGAACCAAAGAAAAAUAUCAAAUCAACAUCCUACUCAAAGCAUAUUUUCUGUGCUGAAACUGAUCAAGAAAGGGAUCUUUGGGUUAAUGUGCUUGUUCAAUUUGUUGAAGAGUCAUCUGCUGCUUCAACUUAUUCUGCUGAUUCCUCAAGUAUUUCUUCACAAACCAUAAUAAACCAAGAUCCAUUACCCUCACCAACCUCAACACUACAUUCACCAUCUCGUGCCACAACUAGAGGAGAUGAUUAUGAUGAAUUAGAAGAAUUAGCCAAAGAAAGUAAGCGUAACAAGAAAAGAAGUUUCUUCCCAUUCAGCAAAAAAGCUUUCAACGAGGAAAUGGAGGCUUUCAAAGUUCAACAACAACAGCAACAACAGAACCAACAUGAACAAGAGACUUCUCUCCAAAAGGAACAAUCAGGAUCUAAUAUCGAGAAAAGUCUUCAGAGUAUGAAUUUGUUGAAUGAAAAUUCCACUGAAAAAGUGUUCCAUAGUGAGAUUUCCGAUUCUUUCAAAUUAUCAAGCAACACGCUAUAUGGCCGUGAAGUUCCAAGUAUAAUCUAUAGAUGCUUGUCAUUCUUGAUAAGUUCUGGUGCUAUUUUCCAAGAGGGGUUGUUCAGAUUAAAUGGUUCGGCUUCAUUAAUUAAACAACUUCGUGAGGAUUUUGAUAAGCAGCACGAUAUUGAUUUCAAUGAGAUGGAUCCAAAACCAGACAUCAAUUCAAUUGCUGGUCUUUUGAAAUUAUACUUGAGAGAAUUACCAAGCAGUAUCUUGACAAGAAAGUUUUAUCCUGAGUUUAGAGACGCGUACAAUCAGAAAACAGACCCAAGUCAACUUUCACUGAACUUUAAAACCAUUACUCAAAAGCUUCCAGAAGUGAACCAAUCACUCCUUUAUGUUCUUUUCAAAUUCCUGAAUGAAGUCAUUGAAAAUCAAGAGUCGAAUAAAAUGAAUUUGAGGAAUUUGUGUAUUGUGUUUUCACCUACUUUGAACAUUGCCAGUGAAGUGAUAAUCCCAUUCCUGGUUGAUUUCAGAUGUAUUUUCGAAGGUGCUGAUCCUAUAGACAAUAAUGACAGGGAGACAUUGGAUAUAAAUAUACCAACCUUUUAA